AGGUUGUGAUACCUAAAGCUACAGAAAUCGUUAUUGCAAUUAUAAAAAUACACCGAGACGAAAAAUUUUGGCCAAACCCAAUGGUGUUUGACCCUGAUAGAUUUCUCCCAGAAAGAAUAAAGGAUUGUCACGCAAAGGAUUGUUAUCUCCCGUUUAGUGAUGGACCGAGAAAUUGUAUAGGUAUGAAAUAUGGAUUGAUGUGUAUGAAAGUUAUACUAGCAACAUUGAUACGAACAUUCAUCUUUAAAGUUAAUAAAAGUAUUGAAUUAGAUAAAAUAAAAUUGACACUUGGCAUGGUAUUAUCUACUUAUGAGCCUUUAAAAGUCAAAAUUGAAAAACGAAUUUUGCAAUAAAAUAUAGUAUA